UAACAAGAUCAUGAACAUUCUGCCUGAAGAACUGAAAUUAUUUCAAUCCCUCGAAACUUUAGAUCUCAGCAACAACAAUAUUUCUGUGCUUGAGAUGGGGUCAUUUCCUCCACUGGUGCUCAAGAACCUCCACAUUAGCAACAAUUGGAUAGUUUCACUGGAACCAGGUAUUUUUGACAACUUGGCUAACAAACUUCAAGUCUUGAAGCUGAACAAAAAUCGCAUUUCAAUCAUUCCGCAGAAGAUGUUUAAACUUCCCCAUCUCCAACAUCUAGAGAUGAGCCGUAGCAGAAUUAAAAAAAUAGAUGGACUUACUUUUCAAGGACUGCCUUCUUUGAAAUCAUUAAAAAUACAGAAAAAUGGGCUUGUUUGGCUCAUGGAUGGAGCUUUUUGGGGAUUAAGUAACAUGGAAAUUCUACAGCUGGAUCAUAACAACCUAACAGAAAUUUCCAAAGGCUGGCUUUAUGGCUUGUUGAUGUUACAGCAGCUUCAUCUCAGCCAAAAUGCAAUCAGCAGGAUCAGACCUGAUGCCUGGGAGUUUUGCCAAAAACUCAGUGAGCUUGAUUUAACUUACAAUAAUUUAGCAAAACUAGACGAUUCAAACUUUGUUGGUUUAAGCCUACUGGUAAGGCUGGAUAUCGGGAACAACAAAGUCAGCUACAUUGCAGAUUGUGCCUUCCGGGGACUGUCCAGUUUACAAACUCUGCUACUCCAAGGGAACAAAAUUAGAUCUAUUACUAAGAAAGCAUUUUCUGGUCUGGAUGCACUUGAACACCUAGAUCUAAGUAAUAAUGCAAUCAUGUCAAUUCAAGGAAGCACAUUUUUACAAAUGAAGAAUCUUAAAGAAUUACAUAUAAACACAUCAAGCCUUUUGUGCGAUUGCCAGCUGAAAUGGCUACCUGACUGGCUAAUAGACAAUAAAUUCCAGACUUUUGUGAAUGCCACAUGUGCCCAUCCUCAGGCAUUAAAAGGAAGAAAUGUUUUUACUGUCAGUCUAGAAGGUUUUGUAUGUGAUGAUUUUCCAAAGCCACAGAUAACUGUCCAACCUGAAACUCAGUCAGCAAUCAGAGGCUCCAAUUUAAGUUUUAUAUGUUCAGCUGCCAGCAGCAGUGAUUCCCCAAUGACUUUCGCAUGGAAAAAGGAUAAUGAAUUAAUAAGUGAUGCUGAAAUGGAGAAUUAUGCCCAUCUUAGGGCACAAGAUGGUGAAGUGAUAGAGUACACCACCAUCCUUAGGCUGCACAAUGUUGAAUUCAGUAAUGAAGGAAAAUACCAGUGUGUCAUAUCCAAUCACUUUGGCUCAUCGUACUCUGUCAAGGCUAAACUUACAGUGAACAUGCUUCCAUUGUUUACCAAGAUGCCCAUGGAUCUUACAAUCCGUGCAGGGACAACAGCACGGCUAGAGUGUGCUGCUGUUGGUCAUCCUAUGCCCCAGAUUGCUUGGCAGAAAGAUGGUGGUACUGACUUCCCUGCAGCACGCAAGAGACGCAUGCAUGUGAUGCCUGUGGAUGAUGUGUUUUUUAUUGUGAAUGUCAAAAUUGAGGAUAUAGGUCUUUACAGCUGCACAGCUCAGAAUACUGCAGGCAGUAUUUCUGCAAAUGCAACAUUAACAGUAUUAGAAACACCCUCCUUUUUGAGGCCCUUACUGGAUCGAACUGUGAUGAAAGGUGAAACAGCAGUCUUGCAGUGUAUUGCUGGAGGCAGCCCAUCUCCUCGGCUGAAUUGGAUUAAAGAUGAUGGCACUUUAGCAGUGACAGAAAGGCAUUUCUUUGCUGCAGAAAAGCAGUUGCUUAUUAUUGUAGACGCAGACUUUGAAGAUGCUGGGAAAUACACAUGUGAAAUGUCUAACACACUUGGAACCGAGAGAGGCAACAUUCGCCUGAGUGUGAUUCCUACUCCUACCUGUGAUUCUCCUCAAAAUGCUGCCCUGUCUCUCGAUGAUGAUGGAUGGGCUACUUUGGGAGUAGUGAUCAUAGCUGUGGUGUGCUGUGUGGUUGGCACAUCCCUUGUGUGGGUGGUCAUCAUAUACCACACGAGAAGGAAAAACGAAGAUUGUAGCGUCACAAACACAGAUGAGACAAACAUACCUGCAGAUAUUCCAAGCUAUCUGUCAUCCCAAGGAACUUUAGCUGAAAGACAAGAUGGAUAUGAGUCAUCAGAGAAUGGAAGCCAGCAUCACUUUGUACAGUCAUCCCCCAUGGGUGGAUAUUUCUUUCAACAGAGAGAAAGCAAUGGACGUUGUCAUACAGAUAGUUGUAGUGAAAAUGACUUGCAAGGUGUAACAGAUCCAUUCUUAUGCCAUUACCUGGGAACUUCAGGAAGCCUGCAUUUAAAAGAAAAUUUAUGUAGCCCAGAAAUGUUUGAAACAUACCAUACAGGUAAUUUAUAUUACAUGCAUGUUUCCAUCUUUUUUAGUUUUAACAGUCUUCAGUAAAAUUGUAAUUUUUUUUCCUGUUGGUUUUUUUAAGGCAGCAAUUCAGAGCAAAGAAUAGCAAACGUGGACCUUUAUAAUUCAAGCUGCUUAAAGAAAAAAGACCCAUAUAUCCAUUCACCUGAAGAUCCUUUUGAUCAAUACCUCAGUAUCUCUAGAAUACACAUGCCAAGUAAUAAGUUGGUUCCUUCUAUUUAUCCCCCAAGUGAAGAGAAUGUAAUAAGAAGCUCACAUCUAAAUGUAGACACAUGUGGAUUUAAGAGAAAUCAAGAACUCUCUUCUGUUAUACCAAGCACCACUUUCAUGGGUAUGUUUUAAUGGUUUUCUCGUCCACCCUAACCCUUCAGAAUCCUGGGGUGUAAUCCAUCUGGUCCUGAUUUGAACUCGUCUAAGGUAGA